AUGGAAUCAGGCGACCGACUCUUCCGCUUCCCCAAGCCCCAAUGGCUCAACAGCGCCAACACGCGCACAGCAGGCGUCUACUCUGCUGGAGCCUUGUUCUCCAUUGCCCUCUUCAUUCUCAUCGACGCCGCCACCUUCUCCAAAUCCAACCUUAACGGCUCCGACUUCCACGUCAACUUCGUCGACUGGAUCCCGGGUAUCUUCUCCGUCUUGGGCAUGCUCGUCAUCAAUAGUAUUGAUAAGAGUCGGCUCAGUGCGGACAACUUCUCCUACAGCGGUGAUGGUGUGGCGUGGAAGGCUCGGGUUGUGCUGUUCAUGGGAUUUGCGGCUAUGGCGGGCGGAUUGGCCGGAGGCGUGACGGUCAUGGUCUUAAAAUAUGUUGUUCCCGGCGCGAAUUGGCCGGCCAUGUGGUUUGGGGUGGCGAAUGUGGUUGCUAAUGCUAUGAUUAUGUUGAGCUCGGUCGUGCUUUGGGUCAGCCAGAACAUGGAGGACGAUUAUACUUACAAUUUGGCACUAUGA